CCACUCUGGAAAACAGAUCGCCUGACCUUCAAAGAAUUAUCUAGAAGUUUCAAUUAGGGGCGACCUUAUUACCAAUUUCGUUCUCUCCUCCUCUACAGCUACAUUGGAAAAAUCUUCAAAGAAUUAACUUCUCAUUCGCAAGCUUGUAUUUCGGUUUCUGAAUUCGCAAUGUCAUCUCCUGCUGAGUUCUAUAAAUCACUUCCACCUGUAAGCAAGGCUUACGGGACUGCUUGUCUAGUUUUGACAACCGCAUGUCAAUUGGGACUGUUUGAUCUUGUUGAUAUUGCAUUAUUGUAUGAGCUAGUAUUCUCCCAUUUUCAGUUAUGGAGAUUGAUCACAAAUUUCUUCUUUCUUGGGAAGUUCUCAAUUAAUUUUGGGAUUCGCCUCUUGAUGAUAGCAAGAUAUGGAGUGCAACUGGAGAGUGGACCUUUUCAAAGACGAACAGCAGAUUUUCUGUGGAUGAUGAUAUUUGGAGCUUUGACAUUGUUGGCUUUAUCACUAAUCCCCUUCUUCCGCUCCCCAUUCUUGGGCAUAUCACUGGUUUUCAUGCUUUUAUAUAUCUGGAGUAGAGAAUUCCCAAACGCUAAUAUCAACAUUUAUGGUCUUGUGACCCUAAAGGCUUUUUACUUGCCGUGGGCCAUGCUCGGUUUAGAUGUUAUUUUCGGCUCACCAAUUAUGCCAGAUCUCUUGGGGAUCAUUGCUGGACAUCUCUAUUACUUCUUAACCGUGUUGCAUCCACUUGCCACGGGGAAGAACUUUUUGAAGACACCAAUAUGGGUACAUAAGCUGGUUAUGCGUUGGAAGAUUGGAGCACCUACUGCUACUCCUGCACAACCUGAUAAUGCCGGUGCAGCUUUCAGAGGGAGAUCUUAUCGGGUUGGAGGAGCAACAGCUUAUCCUGCACAGCCUGAUAGGGGUUCUGGUGCAGCGACAACUAACACUGUGCAAACUGAUAGCAGUUCUGGUGUAGCAUUCAGAGGGAGAUCAUAUCGCCUUGGUGGGUGAGUUGCUGCAUUUUCCACCUUCAAUCGGUAGCUUCAAGUCGAUAGUGAAUUUUUAUUCACGUUAGCUUGACCAUGCAGCGCAAGGGACAGAUCUUUAUAUUUGUAAAGUACAAUGUUGAAAGGUGUAAUGUUGCCAAUGGCAUGUUGAAACGCAGAUGAAUGCAUAACCACCUGUAACCCACCCCUUCCUGAGGAAAAACUGAUUUGUGUAGAACUUUUUCUUUCUAAUGGUAGAAGUUUUUACGGAAGGAUUACUGGAAACAGAUUAUGUCAAUCCAUUUGGGGAAAGAAGAGUUGAUAGGCGAAUUUUUUCUGA